UCGGUGGAGCCUGGGGAGGGAGGGGCCGCGUCCUCUUCGGACUUGGGCUCCGCUUCGGCCUAUCGAGGUGGGGGGGUCUCCCCCUCCCCCCGAAGAGCCCGCCUCCGCAGUCCUGCCCCUUGCGGGGCCAGCCGCCGGCAGCUUCCUCCCCGGAUACCGGGGAGGGGGCGCCGCCCCCCGGAGCCGCCGCGCCCGGAUCUACGUCGCGGCCCCGGCCCCGGCCCCCUCCCCCAGGCCUGGCCCCGAGAUGCCCGGCUCGGCGGCUGCCCCCGCCCCCGCCGCUGCCCCCCGCCCCCCGCGCCUGGGGGGUGCAGGCCGGUCCUAGCGGGCGGCCGGGCGCUGGGGACGCCGGGGUCCGGGGUCUGGGAACGGCUGGAGGAGGAGAAGGAGGAGGAGGAGAAGAAGGAGGGGGGAGGAGGGGGAAGAGAGGGGAGGGGGGAAGCGGGGCAGCAGGCUCGGGCGGCGUUGGCGGCGGCGGCGGCGGCGGCUGCAGCAGCGGGAUGCAGGGCAGCGGGGCUGGUGGGCCCUCCCGAGGGAGCCCGGGGCCCCCGCAGCUCCCACGGCCCGGCCGCUUCUCCUAUCACAUCGAGGGGGCCCAGCCUAGGCCUGGGAUGCUUCCGGGCCCCCGGCUGCUUAUCAAGAGUCUGUCCUUGGAACCCAGCCCUGAGGGAAGCCCCAGUGAGACUCAGUCUCUCACAGCUUCUCCCUCCAGGAGGCCCCCCGGGCCCAAGCCUCAGGUGCCCCCCAAACCAGCUCACCUCCUGGGCCCCCGGCUGGCUCCUCUGCUGGAACCCAUCCCUCCACCCCCCUCCCGGCCACUUCCUGCAGACCCCCGGCUGACCAGGGCCUCUCAGGCUCGGCCUGAAGUGGCUGGGGGUGGCUCUGCUUUGACCUCCUUGAUUGAGAGGUUUGAGAGAGAGCCUGCAGUCCUGGCCCCUGAGGUGGCAGUAGCCACUGGUCUUGGGCCCUCAGAGCUGACCACAGGGGCAGACUCCAGGGAGGGCUCCCCGUGCCUCCUCCUGUCUGCCCCCGGAGAAAAGGUGCCUAACAGAGACAGUGGCAUCGGAAGCAUCAGCUCACCCUCCACCAGUGAGGAGACCUGCUUGGCCAAUGCUAGCAGCAGUGGUAAUGGUGGAGGUGGGGGGGAGGCUGCCCCGGGUCCUCCCAGUGGCCUGUUCCCUGCUGGUGGGCCUCUGCAGCCUCCACAAGACACGGUGGAGGCAGAUAGUGACCUGGAUGAAGACGAAGAGGAAGAUGAUGAAGAGGGGCGAGAGGGACUGCCCAGGCCCAGGAUGGAGAGACAGGACUCUUCGGAGCUAACAGUUCAGCAGAAGGUUUUUCAUAUUGCCAACGAACUUCUGCAGACAGAAAAGGCUUAUGUGUCCCGACUGCACCUCCUGGACCAGGUAUUCUGUGCCCGGCUAUUGGAGGAGGCCCGGACCCGAAGCUCCUUCCCAGCUGAUGUGGUACAUGGCAUCUUCUCCAACAUUUGCUCCAUCUAUUGUUUCCACCAGCAGUUUCUGCUGCCAGAGCUUGAGAAACGGAUGGAAGAGUGGGACCAGCAUCCUCGAAUUGGGGACAUCCUUCAGAAGCUGGCACCGUUCUUGAAGAUGUACGGUGAGUACGUCAAGAACUUUGAUAGGGCCGUGGAACUGGUGAACACAUGGACGGAGCGCUCAGCCCCUUUCAAGGUCAUCAUCCAUGAGGUGCAGAAAGAGGAGGCCUGUGGGAACUUAACCCUGCAGCACCACAUGCUGGAACCUGUGCAGCGCAUUCCCCGCUAUGAGUUGCUGCUUAAGGACUACUUGCUCAAGCUUCCUCAUGGCUCCCCAGAUAGCAAGGAUGCAGAGAAAUCAUUGGAAUUGAUUGCUACUGCAGCUGAGCACUCCAAUGCUGCCAUACGCAAGAUGGAGAGAAUGCACAAACUCCUGAAGGUCUACGAGUUGCUUGGAGGAGAGGAGGAUAUCGUCAGUCCUGCGAAUGAGCUCAUCAAGGAGGGUCACAUCCUCAAGCUUUCCGCCAAGAAUGGGACCACUCAGGAUCGGUACCUCAUCCUGUUCAACGACCGCUUACUUUACUGUGUCCCCAAACUCCGACUCCUUGGACAGAAGUUCAGUGUACGAGCCUGCAUAGAUGUGGAUGGUCUUGAGCUGAAGGAAAGUUCCAACCUGAACCUGCCCCGAACCUUCCUGGUGUCUGGGAAGCAGCGUUCUCUGGAGCUGCAGGCCAGGACUGAGGAGGAGAAGAAGGACUGGAUCCAGGCCAUCCAUGCCACCCUCCUGAAGCAUGAGCGCACCCUGGAGACAUUCAAGCUGUUUAACUCAGCCCACCGAGAGGAAGAGGAGACACCCCCUAGCUCACCGAACAUGGACCUUGGGAAGCGUGCCCCAACACCCAUUAGAGAGAAGGAGGUGACAAUGUGUAUGUGCUGCCAGGAGCCCUUCAACCCAAUCACCAAGCGGAGGCACCACUGUAAAGCCUGUGGCCAUGUUGUGUGCGGCAAGUGCUCAGAGUUCCGGGCCCGACUGAUCUAUGAUAACAACCGCUCCAAUCGAGUGUGCCUAGACUGCUACACAGCCUUGCGUGGGACCCAAGGACCCAGCCCAACCCCUGGGCAGAACACACCCCAAAGGAGACGCUCUAUCCUAGAGAAACAGGCAUCAGUGGCUGCAGAGAACAGCCUUGUUUGCAGCUUCAUGCACUACAUGGAGAAAGGUGCCAAGGGCUGGCACAAGGCCUGGUUUGUGGUCCCUGAGAGUGAGCCCCUGGUCCUCUACAUCUAUGGAGCCCCUCAGGAUGUCAAGGCCCAGCGAAGCCUGCCCCUUAUUGGCUUUGAGGUGGGGGCCCCAGAGGCCAAUGAGCACAAAGAGAGGCGCCAUGUCUUCAAGAUCAGCCAGAGCCAUCUGGCGUGGUACUUCAGCCCAGAGUCUGAGGAGCUUCAGAGGCGGUGGAUGGAUGUUUUGGCCCGUGCUGGGCGGGGGGAUGAACUCCGGGCAGGUCCUUCCAUCCUUGAAGCUGGAGAAGAGGAUGAAACAGCAGCUGUGGCGGCGGCAGCAGCAGCGGCAGCAGCAGCAGCAGCAGCAGCAGCAGGCCCAGGCCUGGAGAGUGCUGCCAAGACCUAGGGGUCCCUUUCAUGAACUUCCACUUCCAGGCAGGGACCCCAAAGCCAAAUACCAGCCUUUGGCAAGCCGUUUGCCACUUGUUACUUGAACUCCAAAUCCUGGGCACCUUUGAUCCUUUUGUGGGGUUUGCUCUUAAAACAUCUUAGCUAAACACAAGGGGCUUGGUUUUGUAAUUCCCAACCUCAUGUUUCCUUUUCAUUUGGGGUGGGGACAGAUUAUAAAGAAAAGAAGCCCUGCCUUCCACAUCUCCUUCAGCCCUUUGUAAAAGACCUCAGCUGUGCUGACUCUGGGCAAGCUGCAUGCCCUGUGGGCCUCAGUUCCACCAUUGGUUUUUUAAAAUGGCUGAGUCUUCAAGGUCCCUUCCGACUGACAUGUGGUGCUAAGUCCAUGUCUCUGGGCUUCUUUUUCUUUUCUUUCAAAUGGCUCAUGUUCAAACUGUUCUCUGGCUUUUUCACUCUUUAUGAUCCAAGGUCCUGUCUCUCCUCUCUGGACCUCAGUCUUGUAUUGCCAACUUGGGGAGAAGGAAAUGGCUUCUCAGCUCCAGAUCUUCAAAAAGCGCAUUUUGGAGUCAACUGGAUUCUCCCUACCCAGCCGCUUACUAGGCCUAGAUUUGCCACUUGCCAUGCCCUCCCAUUUCUGGUCCUCAGUUUCUCUUCUACAAGGGUGUGGAGUCCAGAUGUUUUCUGAGGUCCUGCCCUGCACUAAUAACCUACUGUCCCAGUUCCCUCUUCUCUGAGCCUUGCCCCGGAUUCCUCCAUCUGCAAAAGGAUGGGGGCAGCCAAACCAAAUGGUCUCAAAAAUCUCUUGACUGAUUGGAAAAUCCCUUUUCUCUCUCAUUCUCACUUCCAACACUUCACUAAAAGGAAGUGGAAGGAAGCCCCAACUUGGACAACCCUUCCCUCUCCUUGCAUGCAGCUGAGACUGGAAGGCAGUUUAGCAUCUCCUCUUCCCCCCAAGUGGCAGGACCACUGGGCCAGAUGACAACAGCAGAGCUCUGGGGGACUAGCAAAAAGGAGAUAUGGUUUGAUGUUUUGUUUGAAUGGAAAAAAUACAGUUUUGGUUGCAGUUCCAAGGCACCUGA